AUGGGGGCCAAGACCAGGACGGGCAAAAUGAUGAUGAUUUGCAGAAAAAUGAGGCUGGUUCUGGUUGUGUGCCAGCUCGGCGCCAUACUAAGGACCCAAGCCCAGAUACCGGCUCAGUGCAUCUCGAGUAACACAAACAGACCACCAGAAAACUCGGACAUAAUGGUGGACUGCGGCACCGAGCACAUGGACCUGAACAUUUACCUUUGUCCCGUGUACCAAGCGCUCUACAAUGAGUCCCUCUUGGUGCUCAAUAACGAGUACAACAACAACAAAUGUUUCGGUACUGCCGAGUUUGCCGCCAACCCACCGGUUUUAAAAUUUAGCUUUCCCAUAAAUGAAAGUUCCAUGUCGUCGUGCGGGAAUGAUUUCAAGAUCAUCACUCAGGUGGGCACCGGAGCAUUUGCCGACUUCUCCAAUGUCCAGUUUGUCAACAUCUCCGGCGCCGUCACCUCCAUUGACCCGUCCGCUGGCAUGAUCACCUACCGGCCGCAGCUCCUCUACAAGUUCUCCUGCCUCUACCCCUUGCAAUAUAUCAUCAAUAACACCGAGCUGGCCGUAGCCGGUGUGAACGUUGCUAUCAAAGACAACAAUGGCAGCUUCAUUAGCACACUGAGCUUGGAGUUAUAUGAAGAUGAUCAGUUCCAAAAUUAUCUUACCAUUCCACCAACGGGACUCGAACUAAAGACCAAAAUCUACGUUGCUGUGCGAGCCACCAAUCUGACGGACAGGUUCAACGUGCUGCUGGAUCGAUGCUACGCGACCACAAGUCCCUACCCGGACUUUGACUCCUUCUAUGACCUUUUUGUUGGCUGUACACGUGAUGAGCAGACCGAGGUGCUCCUCAACGGUGAUUCCCAGGUGGCCCACUUCUCCUUCGAGGCCUUCCGAUUCGUAGAGCACAGGAAUCGGACUGUGUCCACGUUCUACCUGCACUGUGUGACCAGGCUGUGCGAGGUGUCCACCUGUAGCGUUCUAAAACCGGACUGUGGUUCAAACCAAGGAAGAAGAAGAAGAGAGGCUGAUGACACGUUGGCUAAUGCUACAGUCACCUCGACGGCCAUUUUGGUGGCUAAAAAAGGCAAAGGUUCAUCAGAGAGCCUCUACAGCAACACUGUGGUGGCGGCCAUCUUCUGUGUCAACAUCUUGGCCGUUCUCUUCACCACUUAG